AUGCUCGUUCGGAAAGAUGCUGAGCGCUUUUCAGUGAGCAGUCAGGGCUGUGGUGUGUGUGUUUGUGUGUGUGUGAGAAAGAGAGAGGGAGAGAGAGAAGGAAGAGGAGGAGGUAGAGAGACCAAGAGACCCAGAGGUGCUGAAAAUCCAGACGGAGCUGGGAGACAGACUGAGAGCGGGACUGGAGCCCUCGGAGAGCCACUCAAGAUCUUUUGGGGGAGCCCAGUGAAUGUGAACAUGAGGCCUGUCACCGGAGCUAUUCUCAAGACGCUACUUCUGUUAUCUACUCCAAACUGGAACAGGGUUUUAGCUGGGAAUUCCUACGAUUGUGAUGACCCUCUGGUGUCUGCCUUGUCUCAGGCAUCAUUCAGCAGUUCAUCCGAGCUCUCUAGCAGCCAUGGUCCUGGAUUUGCAAGGCUAAAUCGAAGAGAUGGAGCUGGUGGCUGGUCUCCACUUGUGUCAAACAAAUACCAGUGGUUGCAGAUUGACCUUGGAGAGAGAAUGGAGAUCACUGCUGUGGCCACCCAAGGGGGAUAUGGGAGCUCCAACUGGGUGACCAGCUACCUCCUGAUGUUCAGUGACAGUGGCAGGAACUGGAAACAGUAUCGACAAGAGGACAGCAUCUGGGGAUUUUCAGGAAAUGCAAAUGCAGACAGUGUUGUGUACUAUAGACUCCAGCCUUCUAUCAAAGCCAGAUUUCUGCGCUUCAUCCCUUUAGAGUGGAACCCCAGGGGCAGAAUUGGGAUGCGAAUCGAGGUGUUUGGAUGUGCAUAUAGAUCAGAGGUGGUUGAUCUUGAUGGGAAAAGUUGUCUUCUCUACAGAUUUGAUCAAAAAUCCCUGAGCCCAAUAAAGGAUAUAAUUUCUUUGAAAUUUAAAACUAUGCAGAGUGAUGGGAUUCUACUUCACCGGGAAGGGCAAAAUGGAGAUUACAUCACACUGGAAUUAAGAAGAGGAAAACUCUUUUUAGUUAUUAAUUCAGGUGAAGCUAAGCUGCCCUCCACUCACGUCCCGAUCAGUCUCACCCUGGGCAGCCUGCUGGACGACCAGCACUGGCAUUCCGUGCUCAUCCAACGCUUGGGCAAACAAGUCAACUUUACAGUGGACGAGCACAGGCAUCGUUUCCACGCCCAGGGAGAAUUCAGUUACCUACAUCUCGAUUAUGAGAUCAGCUUUGGAGGGAUUCCAGCACCUGGAAAAUCAGUGUCAUUCCCCCAUAAACAUUUUCAUGGGUGUUUAGAAAAUCUCUAUUAUAAUGGAGUGGAUGUUAUUGAUUUGGCCAAGCAACAGAACCCACAGAUCAUCAUUAUGGGAAAUGUGUUGUUUUCUUGUUCAGAACCACAGUCUGUGCCUGUGACUUUUCUGAGCCCCAGGAGUUACUUAGCACUGCCGGGCUCUUCCGGGGAGGACGAGGUUUCUGCCACUUUUCAAUUUCGAACCUGGAAUAAGGAGGGGCUUCUGCUAUUCAGUGAGCUUCAGCUGGUUUCAGGGGGUCUCCUCCUCUUUCUUAAUGAUGGAAAACUUAAGCUGAAUCUCUACCAUCCAGGAAAAUUACCCAGUGACAUCACAGCAGGUGUUGGAUUAAAUGAUGGGCAGUGGCAUUCCAUCUCUUUGUCUGCCAAAAGGAGUUACCUGAGCAUGGUGGUGGAUGGCCAAGUGGCUUCUGCAUCUCCUUCCCUGGGGCCUGAGCAGAUUUAUUCAGGGGGCACCUAUUAUUUUGGAGGUUGUCCUGACAACAGCUUUGGAUCCAAAUGUAAAAGUCCACUUGGUGGGUUUCAGGGAUGUAUGAGACUCAUUUCUAUCAGUCACAAGAUGGUAGAUCUGAUUUCAGUUCAGCAGGAGUCCCUUGGGAACUUCAGCGACCUUCAGAUAGACUCAUGUGGAAUCACAGACAGGUGUUUGCCCAACUAUUGCGAACACGGUGGUCAAUGUUCCCAGUCCUGGGACACCUUUCACUGCAACUGUACAAACACUGGAUACAGGGGAGCAACUUGCCACAACUCUAUCUAUGAGCAGUCAUGUGAAGCCUAUAAGCAUAGAGGAAAUACUUCAGGAUUUUACUAUAUAGAUGCAGAUGGAAGUGGUCCCCUGGAACCAUUUCUUCUAUAUUGCAAUAUGACUGAAACUGCGUGGACCAUCAUCCAGCACAAUGGCUCCGAUGUAACAAGAGUCCGCAGUACCAAUCCAGAGAACCCCUAUGCUGGGUUUUUUGAAUAUGUGGCCAGCAUGGAGCAACUGCAGGCCACAGUUAACCGUGCGGAGCACUGUGAACAGGAGCUGACCUACUACUGCAAGAAGUCACGACUUGUAAAUAAGGAAGAUGGAACCCCUCUGAGUUGGUGGGUUGGAAGAACCAAUGAAACACAAACUUAUUGGGGAGGUUCUUUACCUGAUCCUCAAAAAUGUACUUGUGGAUUAGAGGGGAACUGCAUUGAUUCUCAGUAUUACUGCAACUGUGAUGCUGACCGGAAUGAAUGGACCAAUGACACUGGAUUCCUUUCUUAUAAAGAACAUCUGCCAGUAACCAAGAUUGUGAUCACAGACACCGGACGACCGCAUUCAGCAGCAGCCUAUAAACUAGGGCCUCUGCUCUGCCGGGGAGACAGGUUAUUUUGGAAUUCAGCUUCCUUCAAUACUGAGGCUUCAUACCUUCAUUUUCCUACUUUCCACGGAGAACUUAGUGCAGACGUGUCUUUCUUUUUUAAGACAACAGCUUCAUCUGGGGUAUUUUUAGAGAACCUGGGGAUUACUGAUUUUAUACGGAUAGAGCUACGCUCUCCUGCAGUCGUGACAUUUUCAUUCGAUGUGGGGAAUGGGCCUUUUGAAAUCUCGGUGCAGUCACCCACACACUUCAGUGACAACCAGUGGCACCAUGUUAGGGUUGAGAGGAACACGAAAGAGGCAUCUGUUCAAGUGGAUCAGCUCUCACCAAGGACGCAGCCUGCUCCGGCUGAUGGGCAUGUCCUCCUACAGCUCAACAGUCAGCUCUUUGUGGGUGGAACAGCCACCCGACAGAGGGGCUUUCUGGGAUGCAUUCGGUCUCUGCAGUUGAACGGAAUGGCCCUGGACCUGGAAGAAAGAGCCAAGGUGACUCCCGGAGUGGAACCGGGCUGCAGAGGGCACUGCAGCAGCUACGGGAGGUUGUGCCACAAUGGUGGGAAGUGCAGGGAAAAGCCCAGCGGGUUCUCCUGUGACUGCACCUCCUCUGCAUACGCAGGGCCGUUCUGCUCAGACGAGAUUUCUGCCUAUUUUGGAUCUGGCUCAUCUGUGAUUUACAAUUUUCAAGAAAAUUACUCCCUAAGUAAAAAUUCCAGCUCCCACGCGGCUUCAUUUCACGGUGACAUGAGGCUAAGCAGAGAAACCAUCAAGUUUAGCUUUCGCACCACACGGACCCCGAGCUUGCUGCUCUACGUCAACUCCUUUUAUAAAGAAUACCUUUCAGUUAUCAUUGCCAAAAAUGGAAGUUUGCAGAUCAGGUACAAGCUAAAUAGACAUCAAGAACCCGAUGUUGUUAACUUUGAUUUCAAAAGCAUGGCUGAUGGGCAGCUUCACCACAUAAAGAUUAACAGAGAAGAAGCAGUGGUCUUUGUGGAGAUUGACAAGAAAGUGAGGAGACAAGUCCACCUUGCAUCAGGUACAGAACUCAGUGCGGUCAGAUCCCUUGUACUGGGCAGGAUUCUAGAACACAGUGACGUGGACCAGGAGACGGCACUGGCAGGUGCACAGGGCUUCCUGGGCUGUCUCUCUGCUGUGCAGGUCAGCCACGUGGUCCCGCUGAAGGCCGCUCUGCACCGCAGCCGCCCAGCCCCCAUCACCAUCUCAGGACACGUGACGGAGUCCAGCUGUGUGGCCCAGGCUGGCACUGAUGCCACAUCAAGGGAGAGGACACACUCCUUUGCAGAUCAUUCUGGAGCAAGAGAUGACAGAGGACCCAUCACUAACACAAUCAAGAGUGACUCUGCAGUAAUUGGAGGUUUGGUAGCUGUUGUGAUCUUUAUCUUGCUGUGCAUCACUGCCAUAGCUGUCCGCAUUUAUCAGCAGAAAAGGUUAUACAGAAGAAAUGAGGCCAAAAGGUCAGAGAAUGUAGACAGUGCUGAGGCUGUUUUGAAAAGUGAGCUUAAUAUACAAAAUGCAGUCAGUGAAAAUCAGAAAGAGUACUUCUUCUGA